UCAGGAUAUGUCAGGUAAUUACUAUUUUGUCAUCAUUGGACACCAAGACAACCCGAUAUAUGAGCAGGAACACAGCAGUCGUGAUAGCCAGAAUAAGAAAGAUGACUACAGAGACUUGUGUCAGUUUGUGGCACAUGCGUCCCUAGAUAUGAUAGAUGAGCACAUGUGGACUACUAAUAACAUGUAUCUAAAGAUAGUGGACAAGUUCAACGAUUGGAACGUCUCAGCUUUUGUAACUGCUGGUAGACAAAAGUUUAUCAUACUACAUGACGUGAAGAAUGAGGAUAGUAUCAGGCAAUUUUUCCAGGAUGUGUACGAACUUUACAUAAAAAUAGCUAUGAACCCAUUCUAUGAACCCAACACACCAAUAACCUCCCAAAUCUUUCAUCAGAAAUUGAAAGUGCUUUGUAGGAGAUAUUUGAUAUAGACUUAUGUUUGUUUGCUUCUACUCAAGACAUGUGAAAGAUCUCAAGGAGUUACGUUUAUGUUUUGAAGUUUCAAAAGAUUGUACAUUGAGCUGUUUGGAUAGAUCUCCUUUUACUCUAUUAGGGUAUAGUAACAUUAAGAAUUUUCAGAAUACUGCUUGCCAAAUGUUAAGCAAUGAAUUGACUUGAGCUUGUAUGUUAUGGUUCUAAUUUUGUUAAUUUAGCUGAGUGCUUCUGUUUUUAUCCUUCAUGGAGGUAGUAGGAUUCAAUUUUUGUGAAUGUUAAAGAAAUUGAGAAUUGAUUUAUGUACUAAAUUUUGAUGGAAUCUAAAAUUGAUGAAUGAAAUUUGACAAAAACGACAA